AUGAACAUUCUUCUACAACUACAAGGUGAGCAUGCUCCCGAUAUAACUGACGAGAUACUGCAACAGUUCCCGACAGAGGUCAAGCAGUACAUUGACAACAAUUGGAGACAGUUUCCUGUGGGCAACAUACAUCUGCUCAUACAAAUCAAUGCGCUGGGCUAUCUCGGCGAUGCGGCCAUCGACGAUAUCCUUGGGAAGCUCAAAGAGGAACCAAAGGAAUUCAUACAGCAAUUCAUCGACUCGUCCAUCAACCCCACCCAAAUAUGGUUUCGAUACAUUGACAACAACAUCAAUAAUCAUAUCCAUGACAAUGAGUUUCGCAAAAUGAAGUUCAUCGAGAGCUUGCUAAAGCCCAAUCCAGCUACCACGUUCCAUUUCCUCAAAUAUAACUACUCCUUUCAGUUGAUGGACGCCAUCCACUCAGCCCCUAGCAACUACAAGGAGGUAAAGCACAGCUUGUUGGAGAAGUUCGACACGCAACACCCAGAGUACAUCAAGCAUCGACAAAUAUUCAAACAGUUCAAGAACAACUCGAUACUCAAAGAGAACCUGUUUGCUAAAUCUAAAGAAACAAUCAUCAGUGAAGACACUCCAAUGGCACCACUCCCCAUGCUCUCUCAUCUGCUCAUGGCAUACAUCGUUGAAUUCAUUGUGCUCGCAUAUCCACAUGAUGUUCCAUCGUUGGUGCAUCUCUCCACUGUCUCUAAACUACUCCACAAGGCUGUCAGCAUGGCAUUAUCAAACAAUGUCCUCCCAACAUUGCCCAUUCUAUCAAUGAUCAACAUUGGAUCGGAGUUCUGUCUCCUUCGCACCCCGCCCCUGCACCUACAUUUCAAAGACUUGGUCCAUAUUCCCCUUGCGCAUCUGCCCAUAUGCUUGGAACGACUCCAGUCCAUAACAAUACCACUGUGCUCUAGUUAUCCAAUGAUUUUGGUACCAUUUGUCCAUGUUCCAAACAUCAGACACAUAACAUUUGUCGAUGCACCUACAAACUCUCGAAUAGAUCACAUCGACCCCGAUACCUAUGGUCCAAACACCAUUAGAUCCUACGAACAUAAUUUCCCAAUGGAACAAUUAUUCGAACACCUCUACGAUCAUUACAUCAAAGACAAUCCACUCAUUCAAAAGAUUGACAUCCACUCAACCAUGCCCAAAAACCCAUUCCUGCUCCUGCCUGCCAACCAUGCAAUAGAGAGAUCAUUCGUCCUGGACAUGACCAAAAAUGAGAGCUCUUUCAGUGUAUACGGGAUGACUUCAGAUGAUCUGCAACACAUCACAUCAUUGAUCUUUGGUUUCGAUCAGCAUUCAGAUUCGUACCAAUUCCCCACAGUCACAAGUAGAAUGGGCAACUUAAGAGAACUUCAACUCAGUUAUUAUGAAUACUAUGAUAAUUCCAAUUACUUUGGGGAAUCAUCUAGACUCAUCUACGAAGACCUCAAACAUUUGCACACGUUGAACAUCACCCUGCCAGACCUCAAAGAUGUGUCAGAAGUACUACCAGAUGUAACCACUCCUCUAAGAUCACUUUACAUUAGGCUGUUCGACAUUAGAUCAAUGGCCACGAUGGAUGCCAACGGCACGCUCCAGACGCAUCUGGAUCAUCUUGUGGCCCACCUUAGUCAAACGAUAUUCAACAGUCUGACUCUUAUUUCAUUUGUCCUGGAACCACUACAAACCCAUGACCCCUACCUUGGUCCGAACCCCAAUAGCCCAAACCCCAAUAGCCCAAUAACCUUGUUUCUAAAUCAACAAAUGCUAAUCAAAGCUCUUCAACCUCUUGGUUUCCAUCAGAUGGCGGCCUCCAUAAACAUAUUCAAACGAUGGACCUGUCCAACUACACCAGUCGACUCACCUGUGUCUUCCCCAUAA